GUUUUACGAAUUCGUGUAGAUUGUGUCUGUGGAAAGGAGAUAAAAUGCUUCCAAUUUUUACAUCUCCUGAUGACGACGAAACAGCAUCGAAGAUUCGAAAAUGCCUGCCGUUAGAUGUGCGAUGGGAAGACAGUUUGCCAAAAGGGAUCUGUGCCAGCUGUCUGUACAAGGUGGAGAUGCUGUUCGAGUUCCACUGCUCUGCUAUGAGAAUCGACUCAUUGCUCAGGAAAUAUCUCGCUUCAGAAGUGACUGUUAAGGAUCAGCAGCUGAGCGGCAGUGGAUAUCAGGCCACCAACAUGCCCCCCAUGCGUAGUGUGGCCAUUGGCACUGAGGAUGAACAUUUCCUUUCGGCAAGAAGAUCGAGGGAUGGCCAAGAAAGCAGUGGUAAUGCAGAACCUAUGGUAGCCAGAUUACGUGUGCGGACACCACAUGACAUUAGUGAUAUGAGUACUGCAGGAGUUUCUCCAGUGGUUCAGGUGCCUCUACAACAGUCAGACCCCUUUAAUGGACAUAUAAAUGAAGUGUCAUCACUGCCACACAGAUCAGACAGUGUUCAGGGUAUUGACAGUAUUCAUGCAAUUGGAGCUACAGAACAGUCGCCAUCGAGCAGUACAGUACUGCGUUUGUCUGCAAGUGGCACUGCAGUUGAACAAGAGGAGUCAGGGAGGAGUGCCUCAAGACAGUCGGAGCCUGUGGCUCACACAUCAUCCCCGGGAGAGGCCUGUGUAACACAAGACCCCACAUCAGAUUGUGCCCCAGCGGAAGACACAGAUGUAGUGUGCCUUUCAGUCAAGUCUUCACGGACUGUGGUGCAAAGUGGUCCCUCAACAUCCCGGCCAUCAUGUGAGUGUGCCGACGAUGAUGAAGUGGUGGUGCUUGCCGAGAUCCAGAAGCAACCGUACCCGUACCGGCGGUGCAAGACCCCUACCAGCUUUGACACCUCCUCUGUGUCUAGCCGUGCCUCUGCGUCUGCUGUUUCUACCUCCUCCUCGACCUUCGAAGGAGGGAGCAAAGUGGCACCUCCGCGGAAAGCACACCGUCUUUGUCCCCGGCACCAAGAGUACUUGCGGUUGAUGAACCUACAGCAGGAGCAGCAACGGAUGAAGCAACAAGGUCUACAACAACAGGAGACACUGCAGAGGGUAGACCACCAUUCUUCAAGAGCCAGUGGACAGGAGCCUACUUUAAGCACUUCCUCAGCCAGUCUGAGAUUGUCGGAUGUGUCCAAUCCUGUGCAGUGUGAGCCCACUCAGCAAGUACCGCAAAACCAGUCAUGUGGAGGAGGCACAAGGCAACUGUCAGCAGAAACUCCACAUAUCGACACAUCAUCCAACUCGACAGAAUCUGAAGGACGUGUGCAAUUGCUUGGCCAAAACAAACUUACAUCUGGUGCAACAAGUCAUGUAGUAGCCCUUCUGAACAGUGACUCAUCACAUAUCACAUCUCAACCUGGUCAGUUGGAACAAGCAUGGCCUGUGACGAGGACCAAACCUGAAGGAGCCACCACAGAGGCAGUGGUGGCACCACUUUCCAGUUCUGCAAAAUGCAACUCAUCUGUAACUGAGCCACAGGACCAAGUAAGGCAGCUGACUCUUGUCCAUCCAAAAGGAACAACUGUUGAGUCUUUCCUGGGAAAACCGUGUGGCAGCAAAUUAUCUUCAGCUGAUGCACCACUGCCAGCUGCUGCACUGUCUCAGACUCUCAGCCUGCGUGCCUCCUUCAGCUGCUCCGCCUGCUACACCUGCAGUGCCUCCUCCAUCUUCUGA